CGCCGCCCUCCAGGAGCGGGGCGGGACCGCGGGAGGCGCGCGGCGGCCCGAGCGCCGGCCGGGCCAUGACCCCCGCUGCUCUCUCUUGCAGGCUCGUCGCCGCGGCCCCCCGAGCCAGACCGCCGCCGCCACCACCAGCGCCCGGGCGGGCCUCGCGCGCCCCGGGCGCGGCUCCGCAGUGAGCCCACCAGGAAGGAAGCGGCCUGCAGAGGCGCCAGCAUGGGGCUUAAGAUGUCCUGCCUGAAAGGCUUUAAAAUGUGUGUCAGCAGCAGCAGCAGCAGCCACGAAGAGGCCCCCGUCCUGAACGACAAGCACCUGGAUGUGCCCGACAUCAUCAUCACGCCCCCCACCCCCACAGGCAUGAUGCUGCCGAGGGACUCGGGGAACACAGUCUGGUUGGAUGAGACAGGGUCGUGCCCGGAUGAUGGAGAACUCGACCCAGAAGCCUGAGGAGGUGUCGUGGAUUUGUCUGGUGGGCUCCUGCUGCGGGGUCCCAGCUUCAGGUGUCCGGGGGCGUGGCUGCCUGGAGCAGGUGUGCUGAAUACCUUGGAUGGGAACUGAGCGAAUUUGGGUCUCCGCUGGGAGAGAUGUGGCAGGACCAGCGAGGAAUCCAGCCUGCCUGCUUCCGGAACAGUGUUUCCCGACCCUGCUGAGUGGACUGGACCUCUGACACCUCCAGGGUCUUGCUGACUCCAGCCUGGUGCAAGGGAGCUCCAUGGUCCUGGCUGUUGGGGUCCCAGGGAGAGGCUCUCUUCAGGACAAACACACCUUCCCAGCCCCACGGGCUGUGCAAAUACGUGCCCCUGCCAUAAGCACAAACAAGAACUUCUUGCAGGUGGAGUGGCUGUUUUUUUUUUUUUUUUUUUUUUUU